AUGGGCCGACGCCACCGACCGACGUAUCGUUCUUCCUUUUGGUCCAGCUGCCUCUGCUUCUGUACCGGCGCCGACGCCAGACGCGGUCUGUUGGAGGAGGCCGACGCUCGUCUGGCCCAUCUCAUCCAAAAGGGCAACUUGAUCGGCGUCGAACGAGUCCUCAAACGUCUACCGGCCCAGUCGCGCAGCAACCUGAGCCUGGUGGUCCGGCGGCGCCACCUCAGCACGGCCUAUCCCUGCCUCGUGGACCAUCGGAGCGCCGGUUCCGACCCAUUCAUCAACUUCUACCAACAGUGCUCUCCCGUCCUCUGGGCCGUCGACUGUCUCCAAUGGCAGGUGUUGCCGUUGCUACAGCACUACGGCCUCGACAUCAAUCGGCCGCAGACCUGCUCCCGAUGGACGACCUACUUGUGCUCGCCCAACUGCCGAUCGCAGACGGCCUCCUAUCGCCGCUUCUGGAUCCGCGGUCGGUACACGUACCAGUCGGCCUUGGACUACUUCUUCGCCAGCAUCUACGAACUGAUCGGCGAACAGCCGGCCACCUACAACGGCCUGAGUGGACCAUCGCCGCUGGCCUUCUACUUCUCCCAUCUGCCCGUCAUCCUCAACAAAGGCGUCGAUGUGCAUCGGAUCGACUCGGUGAUCGUGUUCAAUGCACUCGCCUCCAGCUACGACCAAUACCUCUGCCGGUACACCAAUGAGCACGCAAUUGUGCCCGACAUUCCCGAGAACGAGGACGCCUACGUCGAGAUGACGGCCGUGAAACGGUUGAUCGAGAACGGCUUCUCGCAAUUCGAGUGCAUGGAAUACUUCUAUCCCUGUUGCAAUUGGUUCGGCAUCCUCAUCUGUCUCUUGUGCCAUCCGAAGAUAUGCACCUUCGCCAGCCGGACUCUACCGCCGAUCAUCCGGCAGACGGCCCUGUUGCUCAUCAACUUCCUGGCGCUGCGCUACGCCUUCCCGUCGCCCGAGGAGUUCAAGGACUCGCUGGAGAACCUGCAUCUGCGCAAGGUCUACUCGAAACGGUACAGCGAAAGACGCGAAGAGUUCAACCAUCGUCUGGCCAGCCUACAGGCGCAAUGCCAGGCUCUGGUGGCGCAACCGCAGACGCUCACCAUGUUGGCACGCAACGCCGUGCGUCGGCAACUGGGCGGUUUCCACUUUCUCCAUCGCCUCGCCAGCCUCGGCUUGCCCGCCAAGCUGACCGCUUUCGUGCAGUACAUCGGGCAGGAGCACUUGCGCACCAGUUGCAUGCCCAAGUGUCUAAUCCGACUGGCGCAGGGCAAUCUG